CACACAGUAGGCCCUUAAUAAGUAUUUGUUGACUGAUGGGUGGUUUGGGGUCAGGUGGUGAUCUCUGACUUUACCUCAGCUGUCAUGUGUUCUAGGAGCGCAGAGAACUGGAGGCUGAGCUGAGCAGGCACUGGAUGGACUUAGCGAUGGGGGAGGCAAGGGCCCAGGAGGAAGAGGAAGAACGGCCUCUGAGCCUCCUUCCUGCCCCAAAGGCCUGGGGCCACAACCAAGUAAUCAAGGCCAUAUGGAGGGGCCAGCUGGGCCUGACCAAGCAGCUGCUGAGGCAGGGGGCCUACAUCAAUGAGAGGGAUUCAGCCGGUCGAACCCUACUCCACCAUGCAGUGGUGAGUGGCCACAUCCCUCUGGUCCGGUUCCUGGUGCAGCGUGGGGCCGCAGUGGAUGCAGCAGAUGAGGACCUGGUCACUCCUCUGCACUGGGCCGCCUGGCAGGGGCAGAGCCAGGUGGCCGAGCUGCUCCUGCAGCGAGGGGCAUCGGCUUCAGCCAGGAAUCUGCCAGGUCUCACACCACUGCAUUGGGCGGCCGCCCUGGGACACCUGCUGCUGGUUCAGCGACUGCUCGCUCACGGCCUGGACGCUGCCAGUGGGGACAUUCACGGAUGGACGGCACUGCACUGGGCAGCUGCAGGGAACCAGCUUCCUGUGGCGGAACUUUUGAGCUGUCAGGGCAUCUCGAUGGACAUCAGCUGUUUGGGGGGGCCCUGCCCUGUGCACGUGGCAGCAGGGACUGGGAGAAAGGAGUCGCUGCAGUUUCUUCUGAUCCGAGGGGCACAGGUCAAUGCCCAGGAUGGUACUGGAGCAACAGCUCUCACCAUCGCCUCGGACCUGGGAGACCAGGAGGUAGUAAAGCUGCUCUUGGACCAUGGUGCCAAUGGGGACCUUCCAGACCAACAUGGCCGCUCUGCCCUCCACCGGGCCACUGCUGCUGGCCACCUUUCUGUGGCCCGGCUGCUGGUGGAAAGAGGAGCCUCGGUGGAGGCCCAGGAUGGACUACAUCUCACACCCCUGCACCACGCGGCCUUGGGGGGAGACACUGUGGUUGCAAGCUACCUCCUGGACCAGGGAGCAGAGGUCAAUGCCGCCGGUUGGCUCCACAAGACCCCUUUGCACUUGGCCAUCGAGAAGGGUCACUGCUCUAUGGUAGAACUUUUACUAAGGCGGGGGGCCAACCCCAACUUGAGGACACAGUGGCGGGAGACUGCAGAAGACCUUGCUGCCCCAGACAGUCCCCUCAAGACUCUGUUCCUGUCAGAAAAGCCAAGAGGAGAGAGGCAAGGCUGGGCAGGACCCAAGCCCCUCUGUGUAGAAAUCCACCCUGGGGGACCUGGGUUUGAGUGAUCGUGUGUGCCUGGCUAGCUUUGUGGCCUUAGGAUCAGAGGACUUAUGGGAUGGCUCCUGGAGAUUACCUUAUCCAAUUGUCUCCUUUUACAGAAGGGGAAACCGAGGCCCACAGAGUACAGUCACUUGCCCAAGAUCAAUAGAGUAGCCCGGGUACUCAUCUGUAAAAUGGGACUAACACCUGCUUUACCACAAGGACAGUAAACCCUAUAGGGAUAUAUAUAAAAUGUUGUUGUUGCUGUUAUUACCGAGACUCCAGAUGAAUGAGUGUUUUUAAGGUUGGGUGCCCUUAGGGACUAAAUGAAGGUGGGAAUUGGGAAAUAAGAGGGGGAAGAAUCAUGUUUACCUUUUUCUGGGGGAAAUGAAGCAGAAGUGACCCAAACCC